AGAGGGGCACACAAAGAGGGGACUUGGCAGGAAGAGGGGGAGCUAGGAGCCCACAGAAGGCAAGACAGCAGCUGAGACACUGAGGACGAGAGAUUGAUGAGCUGCUUGUGCCCACAGAUUGCUGCCCCUUCCUAGAGACCAUCGGGCCCCCCUGGAUGCAGCGCAGCCUGGGGGAAGGUAAGAGAUUCCUGCUGGCUGGGAUUUCCCUGCACUCCCCACCCUCCCCACCCCAAUUCUCACAUCCCCCAAUAGUGGCCAGCUGCCGGGCUCUGAUGCUAAUGUCUUCUGGUCCUGUGCAUGGAGCCGGGAUGGGGUCCAAGAAAGCAGUGCGCUCCCCUUCUUCCUGCCAGGCCUUUGGGGCGAGUGAGAGCAGCUGCAGGGAUCCCCCUGGCUCCCCUGGCCUAGAGGGCAUGCUGAGGGAGGGCUGGGUCUGAGCACUGCUCUGCCCAUUCACAGCUGAGCUAUUGUCCCCGUCAGGGGGCAGGGUGCUGGGCUGGCUCGAAAAUCUCCCCGUGUAUAUUUGUGUCUUCAUGGGGGCUGAGAUCUUGUGAAAAUUCUUACCUGUGGGUCUGCACAGCACCCAGAAUAAUGGGGGCUCCUGAUCUCAGUCAGGGGGUCUGGGCUGCGCCCACCACAACAGGGCCCUGAUCUCGGUCGGGGUCUGGGCACGCCUGGCACAGCGGGCUCCGAUCUCAGUCAGGAUUCAUAUGCACUAUUAUACAACAAAUAAUAAAUAAUGAUUAAAACCAAACAACUCCUGUUUUUCCCAUACUUCCCCUGCCUCCUUCAGUGCCCGGACCAGAUACGCAAGGGGAAGAGUUAUGGUUGCAUAGGCUACCAUAAAUAUGCCUUUUCCUAACUUUUGAGUGCUUGACGUUGCCACCAUAAGUAAUCCACUGUCGGCGUAGGAUUUUCCAGAGGUAGCAAUAACCAGGAGCUGAAAUGUUUCUUCUUCUCUGUAGUAGAUUGAGCACCAUGGCUCUCGAUGGGUUCAAAGCCGCUGUCUAUCAAGGGAGCCUGACAGAAGCUAUUUCUAAUGUGCAGGAUUUUUACAGCCACACCCUCAGCAUUGCCGUUACAGGGGAGUCAGGGUCCGGGAAGUCCUCCCUCAUCAACGCCAUACGGGGGCUACAUGCUGGUGAUGAAGGUGCUGCUGAAACCGGGAUGCUGGAUGUCAUAAGGGAGCUGAUGGCUUAUCCAGAUCCCGUCCUUCCAGGAGUCACCCUCUGGGACCUACCAGGGGUGGGGGUGUCCUAUUUCCCUCUAGACAUCUACUGUGAGCGGCUCAAUUUGAGCCAAUUUGAGUUCUUCAUCAUUGUCGGCUCCCAGCGCUUCCGCUCCGACCACACCAGGCUGGUCCGUGAGAUCCAGAGACUGGGCAAGAGGUUCUACUUUGUGCGCUCCAAAGCCAACGUGGACCUGGACGCCUCCAGGAGGCAGCGUCCCUCCAGCUACAAUGAGGAGAGGAUCCUGCAGCAGAUGAGGGAGGACUGCAGGAGAGGCCUGGGAGCAGAAGGAGUGGGCCACCCACAGGUUUUUGUCGUGUCCAGCUGGGACCCCAACCACUACGAUUUUCCCCUACUGCGGCAAACUUUGCAGAUGGAGGUGCAGAGCCUGAAGAGACACGCCUUCCUGCGGAGCCUGCCUGCUGUCGCCUUGCCCAUCGUCAAGCAGAAAAAAGCCGCCCUGAAGGGGCAUUUCUCAUGUCUUCUCACUGCCGUUCCUGUCCCAGGCCUCUCUUUCUUGUGCACCUUCUUCAUCUUCAGGAAACACCUGUUCCGAUACUAUAGCAGCUUCGUCGUGGACGACAGGUCCCUCUCUGCUCUCGCCCGGCAGGUUGGGAAGCCCAUAGGGGAACUGACGGCCGUGACAACGUCCUUGGGAACGACCCCCAUGAUGGCUCUGAAGCUGCUGUCGGACUCGGUGGGGGCCGCCGUGAUGGUAGCGGAAUAUUCGUGGAAGCGCCUCCCCGUGUUUGGUGCCUUGGUGCCCGGAGGGGUGGCGCUGCUUACCACGUUCUUCAUGCUGCAGCAGUGUUUGGCCUCAGACGAUGCCCAGCGGGUUCUGAGCAAAGCGCUGGAGGCAGAAGGGGAAACACCAUCUAGGAUUGGAUGUCGUGUCGGAUGUGCCUGCUGCUGUCUAGCAGACAUGGUCUUGGACUUCAAGCAGGAAAGCUUCAUGCUUCUCCAUCCAGGAGUCCUAUGUCCAGUCCCCAUAAACCAUUUAGGGGUGUUGUUGCACGUGGGUCAAAGUGCCCAUAACAAAGGAGACAGACUCAGCGACAGCUCAACGCUCCUGAGGUUUCGCCCCACAAGGAAGGAGGCAGCUUCCUUCUUGACAUUCAUACAAUAAAAAUAAAAUUAUACUGAAUCCAGUUCUACCUACCUGUGUCCCCUGUGCUCUUCCAUCACUUCGGUAUAUGAGCACCUUACACACAUUAACGGACCGGAUCCCCACACUGGGGCAAAUCGGCCAUAGCUCCAUUGGGGUCAAUGGCAGAGACCCCCAGCUGGGGUCAAUUGGCCAUAGCUCCACUGGGGUCACUGGGGCUAGACCACCGCUGGGGUCAAUGGGCCGUAGCUCCUUUGGAGUCAAUGGGGCCGGAUCCCAGCUGGGGUCAAUCGGCUGUAGCAGAAUGGGAGUCAAUGGGGCCAGAUCCUCAGCUGCGGGCCAUUGCUCCAUUGAAGCUUAGAAGCUGAAGGUCUUGUCCUCAUGGGAAACUUUUUCGGUAGAACGUAAGCUGUGAAUUUAAACUGACAGAAUGACCCUGGUGGAACCUCCUGUGUGGACGCUCUCGCUCCGGCAGAAGAGUGGCUUUUUUCCGUUUGGUUUAUGUCACUUGGGAGAGGGUUUAAGCUGAGCCGGAGAAUGUCACUGUUCUACCGGGACAAGAAGACAAGGCAAGGCCUUGAAGACAAGGCCUUGAAGACAAGGCCUAAAAGCCUCAUUAAAAGUCAAUCCACCCGAAGCUCACCAAUCAUGUGGGACGAUCCUGCCCUGUGAAUCUUGUCAGUUGCCUUUAGCUGCAAUGCUGGGGCAGUGGGUUUGCUGUGUUUGCUUUUUCAGGCUGGUCAGUAUCGUCUUGUUGUUUCCUUGCGCUUUUUCUCCGCCUGUUUGUGGAAUCUACGUAUUGCCAAUAAUCUUCCGCUUAGAUUGAAAGCCCUUCAGGGCAGGGCCUGUCUCUUUGUUAUAUCUUCGUACAGUGCCUGGAACAAUGGGGCCUUGGU